AUGGAGGAAGCACCACUAGCGGAAACGAUGGAGAAGAAGGAGUCCUACAAGUCGACUGAAGAAAGCGAAAAAGUGACGAUAUCAAGCGCGAAAGAAGCCAAUGAAGCGACUGCAAGCAAUGGAAAGCCGAAAGAUUUUGUCCCUGCCAUCAUGUUAUCGUGCUUCCUCUUCUGGACAUGCGGAAUGCUGUUUGGGUUGAUUGCCAUGGUUUUAGCAGUCAUCGGUCACUACAUCGGCAGGGGUGGCAACCAACACACGGCAGGAAAGUACCUGAAGGCCUCCUACAUUGUGUCCGUUGUGGGAAUCAUCGUCUUCUUCGUCCUGGCCAUCAUCUUCCUAAUCUUCUGGUCCAAACUUGAAGAGCAGGAGAAGAAAAAUAACACCUUGAGUGUGUAUCCAUUUUAA